CGGUCUCUCGUCGUUUCCUUUAAAGCGCAACCAGCGCCUCCGCGCUUAAGGAAAGUUGCCACAGGAGAGUGGAAUAAUUUCUGCCCCUCGACGUCUUCCACCUCCAACCGGUCCUCACCCCACUACCUCCCCAAAUAACGCUACUGUCUGCGUGUGGUGCGUGUGAAAAGUGCGUGCGUCUACAGCCAUCAAUCCGACGAGAACGGACAACAAACGGGCUAGCUGCCAUCGGUUCUCGUUUUGUUUUCGUUCCUGCGCUCCGCACCGCUGCACGCCAGCCUAAACAGGCGGAAUUGUCAGCAGCAGGCUGAGAAGAUCUGGCUGGGAAAGGACCUUCGUGAGGUGCGGUCUAAUCCUCGAGGCCCACCGAUCGUUCGUCUUGCGGAGCUGAGUGCGACAACGAGAAGCGGCCGUGCUGGAGUGAGAGGACAAUCAUUUCUCCUCCUGAUCGUGUCAUCUGUUCCGAAAGGAUUCGAGCAGACUACUUUGUCAGUAGAAAUAAACGGCUGGUGCUGCAUGAACCAGGCGACCUGUCCGACAGUCAGUGGGAGUGUCACCCGGUCACUAAAUUCCCAUAACUUCUGCGAGUAAAUUCAAAUAUUAUUUUCUACAACAGAGUACAUACAGAGAAAUUGUUCAGUUCCUCUUUCCUCAACAUCAUUCACGUAAUAUGUUCAUGUUCUAAUUGUGAAGGAUAAAUUGACUCAGUGCUGUGACUGUUGACCAAGGGAGGCUAACAUUCGUUACCAGCAUUUGGGAUCCAAAGUCAAGUUACUGAAAAUGAAGCUGAAGUAACUUCAGCAUCAAACAAACCUGCAAAGGCUACUAAGUGCAUGAUAUACAGUACUUACCAGAAGAGUUGAAGCUGUUUUAGUCAGUCGUACCAACACUGACAUUUGAUCUAAUGCAGAACUCAAACUUUGUAUCAUAUCGUAAAACGUCAAAAAUGGCAGCAUUUACUCUCGUAAACAGGUAACUUUUUACAAAUUUUUACGUAUCCCCCUCCCCCACGAGAAAUCCACAAAAUAGACUCACAAGUGGAUGUGACAUCAAGAAUGGAAGUAUUCGAACUAUCACUCAGCCGGGGAUGAGAUGCGAUAAGUGACGUCACACAAGUUAUGACGUCAGACAUUCGUAGGCCACCUGCGCCGGGCAGAUCCGGACGCGGUAGUUCCCAAGACGGUCGACAGGGCGGGGCUGCUGGCGAAUCUGCCGACAUGUCCGCAGCGCGUUUUAGUUCCCCAAAAGGACUGCUCGUGGCAGCUACGGAAGAAGACGAGGAGCUGACCAGUACACCCAGCUGCGAGCUACGGCCUCGGGAGAUUGCUGAAAGGGACCCAGACGAUACGACUGGCAGAGUUAGAGGUCAAGUAUCUGCGAUCGUAUCAGAAGGAGACGAAUCAGAUGAUCUGGUGGCCAAGUCUGACGCGAGACAUCUGGCUCAGCAACUCGCUGGUAUAAAUUUGGGCCAAAAGUCUCAAAUUCAUUCCCAAGACAGCGAAACAAAAUUCCCAAUGCAGGCACAGGGAAUUUGUAGCACUAAAACUGAAUUAUUAGAUAAAAAGCAAGAUUUUGCUGAGAGAGAUGUACUGAAUGUAUCGAAGAGUCCUGUAACCCAAAGCAGGCCGCUCGGAAAAGAAGCAGACCAAUCCCUCAGCGACAAACGCAGUGGAAUAGUUCUCCCGAAAUUAAACGUUGAAACUAAAGCGAAAGAUCAUUCUAUAUCGCUCGAGACACUGAUGGAGGAGGAAACGGACUCCAGCAGGAAUCUAGUCCCCCCUCAAGUCGAAGUAAUAAUACAUGAAGAUACUACUCGUCCGUCAGAAGAACUAGAAGAUUGGGCGGUGAUCAUUGGAAGGGAGAGGAAGUGCUCUGAAGAAGAAUCUGGCGGGAUGGGCCCUCACAGGAUAUCGCCUUCGUUUAGUGGCUGGCAGGCAGACAGUGGUGAAGACACACCCAUAGUGUCGCCAUUGCUUUCGAGGCGUGACUCCCGAAUGACAGGGGACACAGACAGCGUAUCCACAAGGAGUUCCAUUUCGUCAGAACCGUUACUCUCUUCACGCACCAUGGGUGAUGUCGAUAGUCUGUCUACUAGAAGUUCAAUCUCUUCAGAACCUGCGAUGACAUCUUCAGUUACUGCAUCUUCUAGAUCCAGUCGAGGCAGCCUGGAACUGGGAAGUGAACACUAUGGUGGGCUGCUGUUAACUCCGUCAGACUUCUCUAGUACUGAUGACGGAGCUUCUGACUGCUCUGGCCUCACUGUGGACUUACAACACCGAACGUCGCUGGAUGAUUCAAUUCCAUUGACAUCACCCAAAGACUGGGGAUUUCUCGAAGAAGUUGGUAGUCGCAUGGUGAAUCCACUACUGCAUCCUAUGCCAGGACGCUUCUUUCAUAGUCUGGACCAAGACUGCGGUUCGUCUUUGCCUGGAGGGUGGUGUGCCUCAGAUGAAUCGACAACAAGUGGCUUCAUGAGUGCAUCGGUGACUUCAUCUGAGCUAUCCAGUAGUCGGCCCAAGAGUUCAUGGAGGUCGGGCGAAUUGCUACUGGCAGUCGAUCGGCGGUUAUCGACAGAUGAUACUGCUUCGACUUUGUCCCCGCCUGUCGGCUGGAGUGCUUCUGAUGAACCUCUGUGUGGACCCAGUGGUAUUUCGAGUUCUGGAGAGAACGCGGGAAAUAAGGUCGGACAGGAAGACACAUCAGAAGCAGUGGGGCGACAGAGAAGGCACGGGGCAUCAGACGAGGAACGACCAGAGUUUGGCUCCACAAGUGCUGAAGAAUGUCCGUCAGAGAGGGAUAGACCAGUGAUGACCAGCGAUCAGUCAGGUGGAAACAAAGAUGCGAUAACUAGCAGGAGAAAGCAGACUGCCCCGACAGCCCCGUCAUUGGGUGCUGGAUCUGAGACGGUGUCGAGGAAGGAAAGGAGGCUGCCGCCAAUUGCACCAAAAAGUGGGAGACCACAGCCUCUGAGGAGGUUCAGUGCUGGGCCGAUGCAACGGACCUACUCUGAGGUCUGCUCUCAGAAGCCUCCGGUCAGGCUCUCUGCUCGCCGCCAAACUCUGGCGUACGCAGGAGGAACGGCGUUCGCAGAGGAGCGGGCAGACGCCGCGACCGGAGGUGACAGACGGGGAGAUGCGCCGGUCGUCGGGCAGGUGCGAAGUGGCAGGAAGAUUUCUUCCGGGACUAUCGGAGCAGGGAGAGGUCAGCGCUCUGUCCAGGCGCCUCAGAGGCGAAUCAGGGACGAGGGACCACCAGUGGCGGAGCCCCUGCCCGACACCAAAGCGGCGGAGGGUUCCGGGGGUUUCGCGUCUGCGGGGUCCCCAGAGGUCGUCCGGCGGGGCGAGCCCCCCGUGUGCCGGACGCGCGCGGCUGUGGGGCUGACGAUGCCGCCCCCGGGGGCGGAGGAAUCCCCGGACUCGCCGCCGCCUCCCGGCGACUGGCCCGGAGGCCCCCGCUGCCCGUCACCCCUGCACGGCUCCAGCAGGCCGCGCUCCCUCAUGGAGUCCCUGCUGCUGGCUAAGAUGGAGCGCGCCUCGGCGCCCGGGGCCGGCGGCGGCCUGCUGAGGCGGAUGGACUCCACGGACUCGGCCACCAGCUCGCUGUCCUCCAGCUCGGCCGCCGGGCCCGACGUCUGCCGCUGCGACGACUGCCUGCUCGGCAUCGCCGACCUAUACGCCUCGUCGCCCGCUGAGGACGCGCGCCGCCGCAAAAAGGUAACCCUCACCUCGCACAACUCCCACUCUGCUACAUGUCGGGGUCUUCUUCCUAUGUACAGAGAUGUGCUUUAG